UGGAUAGCGUUACGAAUUUUGUUGGUCCGCAGGUUGACGUGGUUCAGCCUUCAGCGUCGUAAGCAAGAAUUUCAAAGCUUACAUUUGUUUUGGUGCGAUUAGUCCGAGAGCAAAAGCACAAUAAAAGAUGAUCAUAAGAAUUUUCUCAUAAGUUUCUGACCUAAGCAGAUAAUUUUAGAGUAAAUUAUAUACAAUGGCUGCAAAUGUCCCACUUCUGGAGAGUGAUGAUGUCUUAGAAUUUGGUGAAGAGGAUGAGCCCAAAGGACGCUUCAAACAUCCCAUGGUGGUGCUGUUCCAUGUAGGCUUCCGCAGUGCCGCUCUGGUUGUGUAUAUGCUGUGUGGCUGGUUUGAUGUCAGCUUCAUAGGAAGUUUUGUCACCACCAUUCUGCUGCUCUCCAUAGAUUUUUGGACUGUCAAGAAUAUUACAGGUCGCAUUCUGGUUGGCCUGAGAUGGUGGAAUUUUAUUGAUGAGAAGGGACAAAGUCAUUGGGUUUUUGAGGCCCGCAAGAGCGGUUCGCAGGGACGCGUGUCCAGUACAGAAGCCAGAAUAUUUUGGACGGCGCUGGUGGUGUUCCCGGUGCUGUGGGGGGUCAUGCUCUUAGUGGCUGUCGUCACUCUCAAGAUCCGCUGGUUUGUGCUGGACUGCAUCGCGCUCUCGCUGAACUGCAGCAACUUGUGGGGCUUCGUGAGGUGCAAGGCGGGCGGCAGCGAGACCUCCGUCACCGACUCCGUCAAGAACAUGGCGUCCAGUCUCAUGCGGCAGCAGAUGCUGGCUAAUAUGGCCUCGAUGUUCACCCGUUCUCCGCCGAAUGCAGGAGGCUCAAACUCGAACGUCUGAGGCGAAGACUUGAUAAAUCUAAGCUUUGUUGUUCAAGUGCUGCACAAGCAGCUGUUGCUUAUGCAGGUGAAUCGAAAAUACGUUGUGGUUCCUCUCUUUUCUAUGAAAGUUUACCUAUAACUAUUGUUCCUUUCAUAUUUUUCAUGUUUAAAAGUGAAGUUUAUCGUUUAUAAGUACGCAGUCUUAUUUUUAUAUUAUUUGUUGCUUUGCAUAAUUAUGAAAACUAGGAUAAAGUGAGUUAUUUUUAUUAUUUCUAAUAUUCCCUGAGUGAACUUUAUUCCCCCAUUCAUUUAUUAGAUAUUAACUUCACUGAAACGCACCUCAGUUGAUUGUGAACUCGGAAAUUAAUGCUAACACAUCAUUAGGGUAUUUAAAAGUUACAAAGAAUCUACUGAAAUUAGACUAAACAAGAGCAAGACGAGCGAAUCAAAAUGAUCGAUAGCUUUUCAUGCGCGAAAUUUAUGUUGAUGCUUACUUGCAAUUUUUUCAUCUUAAACUGUGGUAACCUUGUUUCUGAUUUGGUUCUGUUCGUGGUCAUGCAAAUUUGCACCUUUAUUUAGUAUUGGAGACUAGGGGGACUAAUUAGUAACAAGGCUAGUGCAAGUAACCAGAAUUUUUUUACACUAACAUGUGUAAGUUUGACACAGUGGCGUUCCUUUCGUCUGGGACGGAGGACUUGAUAAAUCAUACAUCGUAUUUCUUCUGCAAUAUGCUCCUUACACACAUAAUCGAUUUAUUUUCAAAUUCAGAUCGAUUUGGUUCGCAUUAAACUUAAUUUUCCAAACCAGCUUUCUUAUAGAAAACUUGCAGCACAAUAAAAUUUCGAGGAAUAUUAUUGUGAAUAGCACCCUGCCUUUAAUAUUUCUGCCCUUAUUUUUGACAGAUACCAGAUGUGCUUAAAUGUAUGCUGUGUUUAUAUUCUUUACCGAUGCACGUCAACCUCGUAUUUAUUUUGUCUAUUUGGGAAUAAAGUUGAAGUUGGGAAUAAAUUGUAGCCAUCGAUUCAAACAUGCAUGCAUUGAGAGGGAUCAUUGCGCAUUGGUUGCCAUCUCGUGUUCGUUGAGAGAGUCCGGUUUUAAAUCGUUUUACUUAAUAUCACUGCACAUUUUUAUUCCUAAUAAUGUAUCGGCUUUGCUUGUGAAGGUUCGUGCGAUUAAAGUAAUUAAACUUUCAUCGCAACGCACGACAACUUGUGACGUGAAUCACGAGUCGUAUUUUGUGGUUGCAUUUUAUCUGAUUUAAAUACAAAAAAUUGAAAUACUUCAAAUGUAUUUCGAAUAAGAGGAAAAGAAUGACCCUGAUAAAUAGUUUCCUCUGAUUGAAAGUUAUAGUAUCUUGAAUCUAAAUCGAAAUUUCCAAGUAUUUAUUGAAAUAAAAGUUUUGAGAAA